GUAAUUAUAAUUAAAGUACCUACCCAUCUAUUGCUGUUUUACUUUAGUCAAGAUAAAUACAAUGUAGUGCGAUGUCCAAAGAAGGUUAUAGCGGCGAUAAAAAAGAAAGUGAUUCUAAAGUAGUUCUAGAGAAAUUACAAUCUUAUCUAAAAGAUAAAAAGAAUACAGAAAGUUUAGAAUCCCCAAACAAUUACAACAAGCCGAGCACAAGUUUUGACCAAGGAACUAACCUACCCCCGUUCGAAGACAGUAGCAAUAUUUUAAGAGAAGUUUUGAACCACAAGAAAGCUGAAUUACUGCGUCAACCAGAAAUAGUGGAGUAUCUAAAGACCAUUUCUUCAGAUUUGAAGAAGUAGACAUGGCAGUUGUAGCACAGAAAUCGGUUGCAUCAUUGAUGCGCAAAACUUUGGAAAGGCAAGCAGCAGUGUCGCGUUUAAAAUUCAGAUUCAAAACCAAUCAAGUGGAGCAAACCCUUUUAAGUUAUGUUAAGAGUGGAAAUGUAGGUCCCUAUACUGAUCUAUUGAAAAUUUUGCAAGAUUAUCCUAUGAAUGAUGAUAAUUAUAGCAUUUUAUUUGAGGACAGUCUUCAAUGUGUAGUGUUGUUGGGUAGACAAUUUGAACAAUAUAUAGAACUUCUGUGCAGUGUAGAGUGGGCAAGCAGAAGUGAAGAGCUAGUGGAACUGUUCACUAAAUUUGUAUUAAACUUGGUAACUGCUCACAAUUACCAUUGCCAAAUAGUUUUGACCUGCCUUAUAAAGUCAUUCAAAGAUGAUGGUGAAAACUGGGACAAUUGCCCAUCUCCCGAGACACUCAAAAAAUGGUCUUAUAUACAUACAGUUAUUGCAAAAAUAGUUGCAAUUAUACCCAUGAGCAGUGACCUGUUGAUGCAAACAUUGAUUGAGCAGUUUCCGUACUAUAAGGCUGGAACUUACAUCAACAGAUCCUAUGUACAUAAUUUGAUCUGGAUUAGCAAAUACAUACCACUAUUACGUGAACAAAUUAUAGUUGUUAAUAUAAGCAGAAUGGUCAUAUUGGAUGUUAAUAUAGUAGAUCUCGCAAAAAAUAAGGCACAGACUGACACAAACUUUGAAAUUGAUGUGGAGGAGCAAAAUGUUGUCUCGGAGACUUUAGAUUACUGCAUGCUAGAAAUCUUAAAUUGGUUGGAAGAAGAGAGGGAACCAGCCCUGAACAUCAUGUGCAAUGUGUUUGAAAGAGUUAUUCUGCCCACACAUGGAAUAAGACAUGUCCAGUUCUUAGUUCUCUACACUAUGUCCAUAAACCAACAGUGUGCUGACCGGAUUCUCAACAAUUUGUGGAUGGUGGCAUCUGGUCAGCAUGGGCUGGGCCAGGGAGCUCUAGCAACCAGAAGAACGGCAGCGAGUCACUUGGCCGGUCUCCUAGCGAGAUGCGUUAGAAUGCCCAAUUCUAGACUGAUUCUCUACUUGCAAAACAUGGCAGAAUGGUGCCAUUCAUAUAUAACAGCCACACAAGAGUCGAACACUGUUAGUGAUAAUACCAAAGUGCAUGGCGCUUUCCAUGCCAUCUGCCAUGCAAUAUUCUACCUAGUGGCCUUCAAAAAUCAUCAUUUAUUUAGUAAUAAGAAAAACCUUCUCUUCGUCGAGUCGUUGAACCUGGGGCGGUUAGUGACGUGCGCAUUGAACCCUUUACGCACGUGUCCGCCUCAAGUAACGCACGCGUUCUCGUCAGUAACGCGUUCCCAUCAAGUGGUGUACUGUCAGGCCAUCAUCGAGAAAAACGCGCGCCAUACGCUUCAGGCCAACACCAUUGAACACUUCGAGGAGUGGUUUCCCUACGACCCCUACACGUUGCCCGAGUCUGGCAAAGUGAUAUGGCCCUUGUGUGUAGAGUACAAAGAUUUCCUCAAAGGUGAUAGUGAAUCGCAGUAUACCAACAUGAAGAGGAAACUUGAAGAGGAUGAUGACUACUUGAUGUUAGCAACUCCUGUGAAGAGACUAGCAAAUUCCCUAUCCAAUAGUAUCAGCCCAGGAUUCCUAACAACAGAUGCCAUUAUGAUGUAAACCAUUAUGUUCUUGAACAUAUUGACAACCUGUUAAUUAGUCGUACUUUAAUCAAGAUUAAAACAAUUUGUUAUCGUACAAUAUAUUA